CCUGUAUGUUGGUGGACGGGUUCGUUUUUACAAAACGAGCAAGUGACAAGCAAAGAACCACAACAGAACUUUUUAGGCGACAAAGAUUUUACUAUCUGUAAGACCACACGCUUCCUUGUUUAAUUUCAUUAUGUCUUUUCGACUUGUCGCUAGGCAACUUUCUUCUCGCCUGCAGCAGCACGUCGCCGCCGCCGCUGCCAUCGCACCAAGCCGAUCGACGUUGGUCCGCUGUUACGCCUCCGCACAGUCCUAUGAGAGUCCCCUGCAGGACUUUUUUAAUCGGAUGGAGCAGAAAGGUCCCACUACACUUGGGUCCACCGAUCUGACUCCUCCGCCGGAGCGAUACCUUGAUUGUGGAAUCCCCGAGUCGGCUUUGCGGUAUUCCACAACGAGCUAUGGCCGACUCAUGUUGGUUCCGCACGUGCAUGUCAAUGAACACAAGGUCUCCGUCAAGAUCCAUACUUCCAAGCUUCCUCUGAAUGAAUUGGAAAUGAAUUUACUGCAUGAGAUUGUGGGAUCCCGACUUAAUUUCGAAAAAGAAGAGCUUCGCAUCUCCUCGAAUCAGUUCGCUAGCCGCAUCGAAAAUAAACGACAUUUGGUGAGCAUGCUCAAUCGUAUUGUCUUUGCCUGCCAGCGAUUGGCCAAAGAAAUCGGAAAGGUAGAAGAGGGUGCGGUCUAGGGGGGACUCCUUUUACCACCGUUGCCAUCAUUUUGUACACUCUUUUGGGACUGCUGCUUGUCAGACCAACGAGCGGCUUUUUCCCCGCCUUUUUCCCCCCUUUGGGCUGUUUUGAAGGACGGUUUAUUGCAUUUUAUUACAUGGGCAGGAUAUACAGGUAUAUUACUACUUAGUAUUUUUAUACAUGA